AUGAACAGCGCUUUUAAUGAUGACCAGGUUAUGGAUAAUCAAGAAGCAUCCCAAGAUUCCCAUAUGCAGCUCAUGCCUGGUGCUGUUUCUGGAUCAUCUAAUGGUCCUUCUCUGUUUGCUGAAUCAUCACGCGGCCAGUUAGACGGUUGGCCAUCGAACCCAUACUUCGUUUUUGAUACCCCUCAGGGAACGCGUUACUGGAUUCCUAACGUCGCUGAUAAGUUCAUACCAGUGUGUGGGAAAUCUUAUCCAACUUUUGCGGAUGUUCUUUCCAUGUAUGAACUUUAUGCGUUUGAAGCAGUUCUGAGUUUCAAUGAUAUUCAUAAUCAUGAACUUGUUGAGAGUUACAACCGUGAUCUUAGCAAGAUAUCACGGAAGCUGUCAUUCUCCACCAAACAAUUCAUUAACAAUAUGAGUCUAAACCGUAUCGGACCCAUGAGAGCUUAUAGAUGUCUUGUAGCUUUAAAAGGAGGGCAUCACAAUGUCAAUGGGACUCCGGUGGAUUUUAAAAACUUUAGCCACCAGUUGCGAAUUUUUAUUGGUGAACGCGACGCACAAGUUUUCCUUGAACGCCUGCGUGAGCGCUUUGACAACCUACCCAACUUCUGUUUUGAUUACACUGUAUCAAAUGGAAAGUUGUCUUCUGUAUUCCGGGCUGAUGAGAUUUCAAAGCUAAACUACAAAGCUUUUGGCGAUGUCCUCGCUUUUGACGCAACUUACAGCACUAACAGGUACAAGAUGGUUUUUGUGCCAUUCACGGGUGUGGAUCAUCAUUUCCAAUGUGUUACAUUUGGGGCGGGUUUGAUAUCAACCGAGUCCAUUGAAUCCUAUGUGUGGUUGCUUAAGGCUUUUUUGAAGGCACACGGUACUCAACCAACUCUCGUGCUGAGUGAUCAAAACCCAUCCAUGCUACAAGCUGUUCCUAUGGUCUUUACGGAAUCACGACACCGUCUAUGCAUGUGGCAUAUAAUGAAAAAACUACCCUCCAAGAUCUCUGCGGAUGUUCUCGAUAACACUGAUCUUCGGUCCUGCAUUCACCGGUUGGUUUGGAAUGUUUAUAUCAAACCUGAAACGUUUGAGUCCCGCUGGAAUGACCUCCUACAAACAUUUGGACUUCAAGACCACAGCUGGUUGAACGACAUGUACAACAUCAAACAUCUUUGGGUACCAGCGUACUUCAGGGAACUGCCCAUGUGUUGCUUAAUGAAGACCACUUCACGUUGCGAAAGCUCUAACGCUGCCUUCAAGGUCAACUCAACAAGCGCAAACACCCUUGUACAAUUUAUGAUGUGCUUUGAAAAUAGGGUAGACAGCCAACGAUAUCGGCAACGUGUAUCGGAGUACAAAACCUCAUCCACGAUGUUCACUGGCAAUACUGAUUUAGCGAUAGAACAGCACGCGUUUGCCAUUUACACAAACGCUGUUUUCGCGCAAGUUCAAAAAGAGAUAAUUAAAUGGAAGUUUUUAUGCUACAUCACAAACCAAACCGAGUCCAGCGAUUCCAGUCUUUUGAUAGACGUCACUCAUUUGGAUAAAAGGAACAACAUCACAAAUGUCUAUCAGGUUACGUAUAACACUGUAGACCAAUCCGCCAGUUGCUCAUGCAGGAAUUUCACACGUAUCGGAUAUCUGUGUCGCCAUGUCUUUUGCGUCUAUCGAUUGAAAAAUGUUGAACGGAUUCCACCCCAAUACAUAAACGAUAGGUGGCGUCGAGAUGCCCUCCCCAAACAGGUUUUUUCAAUUUCCAGCCGAUACGGAGUCAACCCACACGCACCGUCCGUUAUGCAGAAUGAAAUCCUCGACCUCGUUACUGAAUGCAUUGAUGUGGCCAGAACCGAUGAGGAUUCGUUGGCAAAAUUGGUUGACCAACUCAGGGAUUUCAAGAUCAAUGUGCUUUCCAAGCAACCAUUGUCUACAAUUCAAAAUGAAUCAAACGAGUGUGAAAUGGAAGAAAUAGUUGGGCAGCCAAUCAACAUUCCAGUCGAAGUUGCUAAUCCAGAAGUUGCACGCAAUAAAGGAUGUGGUACUCAUACUCGCAUUUCUGGGCCCGGUGAGAAGGCAAAGGCAAAACCACCCAAACGUCCAAAGCAGCUUCGUUUAUGCAAGCGUUGUGGUCUGUACGUCGACGACCACGACUCACGCAACUGCGUUAAGGUGGCUGCAAUGAAAGCAGCAAAGGCAGCUGCUGAACAACAAAGGCAGACCGCCACUGGUGCCUCACCCUCUGAUUAA